AUGUAUGUGUUGAGUGGUGGCUGCUACGAGCAGCGCUGGACGGGCAGUAUGGCGGAGGAGGGCUGUGUGUACGAGUCAGAGGGGCUCGAGGAGCAGUUGGGGAGUUUAUUGAGCCGUUACUCAAGUGGUGAAACACGGGCCGACAGUAAACCGUUCUGCUCUGACUUUCGCAAGCUGGUGGAGGAGUAUGCCUCUCGCUGGCAGGUGCCGCUGCCUCAGCUCAGGAUCCUUGAAAUAGCUCUCCGCUACUUCGCUCGAGCCUCCACCUUCUUCACAUUAAACUGUGAUCAUGUGCGACACACACUCAGUAGUCUGGCCUUGAGUGUUUUUGAGUUGCUGCUGUUCUUUGACCACAAGGACUUCUGUCAGGAGCCACUGAAUCGCUUCACUGUUGCAUUCCAGGAAUGUUACUCGGUGCUUGCGAGGCAUCAGAAUGUUCACUUGCUUCAGGUGGAGCGUUUGGUGCGGGGUGGUGGGCCCUGGGCCGGCCCGGCCUUACAAGCAAUCCUCAGUGAGUCCAGUUUACCUCAGAGUGAAGUUGACGGGUGCAUCAGCUCUGAGCUGCCGGUGUUCUUUGAGCUCCGGGUGCGCUACCUCUUAUCCUGUGAGCGGGUCAGUGAGGCUAUGGCCCUGGCUGGGUGUUGUGCUCGGCAUCCCCCAGCAGGACAACACUUGUUCUUCCUCCAGGUCUACCUCACGUGGCUUUUCAAAACCUCGCAGCAGGACCGCCUUCACAAAGAGGUGGCUGAAUUUAAUGGUAAAGAUGCAAUUCAUAUCAUCUGUAGUUUGGAGUGUGAGGAAAAGGAUGAAUUGCUACUAGCCCUCAGCAGAGCCUUCCUCUCCCAGCAGCUGCGAAGGGGUGACAUGUACCAUUUGUGUGAUCUUGUCUUUAUAUGGAGUAAACUUCACAGUCGGUUGAAUACAUCCAAGCAAGCUCUACUUGAGGAGAGUCAUCAGCUGAUGUUGUCUGCCACCAACGUCAACUCAAUCUUCCCAUUCAUCAGAGCCCUACUGGAAGAGCUGGGUGAAGAUGGUAUCCAGUUCUGUGUGGAGCUUUGUGCUAAUGCCCUGGGGUCUUGCCUUCCCUGUGAUGUCAUCACCAAGUCCCUAAUCUACAAAACCAUCACCAGCCUGCUCCCCAAUGACCUGGAGGUUUUCCGGGCGUGCGCUCUUCUGAUCUUCUUCCUCGAACGCACUGUUGAGACCUACAAGUUGGUGUACCUUCUUUACAUGCAUCCCGAUCAGGAGUACCACGUGGAGUACAGCCCCAUCCGAAAUCAUGUUCGCUUUGAAACCCUGCAGGUCUUGAAGAAGGACCUGUACUUUGACCCAGAGUUUUGGAACCUCAUUGCUUUGCGGACCAACUGUUUGAAGCUGAUGAGCGAGAAGGUGGUUAGUGGUGACCUCGAGGAGAUCAUGGAGGACGAAUGGAUCCUGAGCUAUUGCGCCAAAGAACCUUUUUCGCGAUCAAGCUCAUCGGCAUUUCAGAAAGGAAGUAAGGGGGCAGCAGCUAAAAAGCGGGACCAUAAAGAGGACGGACGUCACGACAUUGACACUGCAUCCAAGAGAUUAAAGGCGAGCCCAGGGAAAACACGGCUUGAUGUUGACCACGCCGGAAAGAAGAAAGGCAGCCAACCGUCAUCGUCACCUGAACCUUUGAGGCGUUCGUUUUGGCAGCUAGACAGACUGCAGGACAAUGUAGCUGUUGGGUUUGGAGAUCUUCGACGCACUACAAGACUCUCGGAGAAGAACCCACCAAAACGGAGGAUUAGACAACCCAGGUGGCUUCUUGAAGACUCAGGAAAUCUUGGAAGGAAUAACGUUCUUUCAAAGAUCAAAAAGCAUGGGUUGAAACAUCAAAAGCACCAUGGAUCCAAUGUCGUAAAGGGGUCAGAAACUGUCGAGUUCGAGAACAAUGCCAAACACAAACCUUUAGUAAACCGUCAUUUAAUGGCAAGACAGAAUAGCAGCAAGCACCAGAAGGGGUUUACAUUUGAGCCCCUCAAACCAGCUACCCUUCCUCAAGUAAUCCUUGAGCUCUCCCUACCAGACAAUGAACUGCUGGGAACGUUUAAUGAGGACACCUGCAACCGACAGAGGGGUUUCCCUCAAGUGCUUUUCUACAGACCGACAGUGAAGGUUCCCUCCACGUCCGAACCUGCGAAGACCGUGCACCGCAAAGAAGUGAUCCUGAGAGCGCGGGAUGCGGCCAUGUUUGCACAGCAGUUGCACUGUUACGCUCGGCGGCCGAAAGGGAAAGGCACCAGGCCCAAUAUUCAGGGCUCGGUUUCAACAAUCACACGCUCCUCGGUGCAAGGAAGUCCUCCAAAAGAUCCAGAGAGAGAGCUCUGUGACAAACCUGCCGCCGAGACUAAAGGCGGAAUUACCCAACACGCACCAGAAGCAGCCGACGUUACACAAUCCCCACCGCUGGAAAAAAUCCCUCAAGCUCAAACGACAAAAGCAGUCUCUCGAAAGAUAUUUUCCGAGAGAGAGCUCUCCGAGAAGUCUGCCGCUGAGAUGAAAGUCGCCAAUGCGUCACAGACAUCGGCAGCGACUGAGGUUACAGAAGCCCCAAUGUUGGAUAAGGUCAUCGCUUCAGCAAGAGAGCACUGUGACGAGUCUGCUGUUGAGAUGAAGGUCACGAUUGCCUCAACGGCGACUAAAGUGACUCCGCCCCCAGGUUUAGAUAAAGUGUCUAAAGCUUCAAAAACCACAACUUCCGCUGAGGUUUUGCAAACUUCCCCUCUGGUCAACAAUCAGAUGGCAGUUCUUGAUAAAACUACUGAUCCAACACAGUCUCAAGUUGUUCUUAGAGCAGGGAGGCAAGAACUGAAGUCACUCUCUUCUCAGGCUGAAACUGGCACAAAUCCUGUCGUCCAAACAAAAGCAGACGGCCCAAAGGUGCUCGCCGCCGUUGCCAGCAGCCUCUCUGAGCUGGACGUUACAGAUGUUUCCCCCAAAUUCCCAAAAGGACACGUGCCUUGGGAAAAUGACACAAGUGGAGGAACAGUGGGCUCUACGUCUACUGAUCAGGACGGUAUGAAUGACAUAUCUGCUCUGAAAUUGGUAACAGAAAUGCUAACUGAACUUGAGCCUGAGCGCAAACAGCCGGCUCCAGAGGACGGUACGUCCGAGGAGCCAACAUCUGGAAGUGAUUACAAAGUUCCUCGCACAUUACAAACUACCUCCACCUGUUCUUUAGUUGCUGAUGUCCAAGGAAAGGAGGAGGAAACUCAGGAGUUUGAUCCAGAAGCACCUGAGGACGGCGAUCUCCCAGAAUCGGAGGAAUCCAAGUUGGAGUUCUGUUGUACUUUCUGCAACAAGGUCUUUAAGGGAAGUCGUGUUGUAGAACAUGCUAUGUUCCAUUAUCGUAAGGAUGAGUGCAUGUUCUGCGGGACGAUGUUCAAAGAUGAUCUUCUGGCCAUGAUGCACCUGUCUGACCACAUUGAAAAGCUGAAGAGGCUCAAAGAGUUGGAAGGUAACAAUGUCCAAGAGACCAAAGAUAUCUCCACAUGUAAGACCUCUGUCAAAGCAAAGACCACAAACCUGUCUUCUGAGCGCCGGAGCAGUGGGAGGUCGAGGACAUCUACAGACUGUCCUAAAUCAACGAGCACUCCACAUUCAAGCCCAUCUGGGUCCAGACAGUUGAGAUCCAAUGACAAGCCAGUGGAUGAAAAGAAACAAAACGUGUCAAAGCACCUUGAUAGUCAAACUCCAGUUCACAAGGUAAACGGGCAUAUUGGGAAAAAGAAAGGGCUUGAGGUACAGGAAAGGGACACCGUGACUUUGGAAGCUGACCCGCCACUGACACAGCAGGAGAUCCCUCAAGAAAGAACAACAGAUGGAGAAGUAACCUCCAGGUUGCAGGAAAACCAGGAUGCAGAGAUGGAUUCCUCUGCAACAUCAGCGGUCAGCUGUUCCAAGAAGACAGAAUCACCGCAGGUCCGGAAGACGGACGCCAAACAACGUGAGAAAGUUGUUGAGGAGAAACACGCGGAGCCACAAGAGAACGUUUGCUGUCCUGUAGAGGGUUGCAGCUGGUUUAAAGACCGGUCGAAGAAAGGCGUCGCACUCCUUUACCACGCUCUCGAAGAUCACGACGGCGAGGUCCAACCUUUGGAAGUGGCAUUCCGCGUAGGACACGGCAAAUGCAGUAGUUGCAUGAGGGUCAUGUGGAGUUUCGAACAUUUUCAGCAUCACGUUGACAGACACAGACUCUCUCCUCGGCAUCCUUGCCCUCAUCAGGGAUGCACGUCCAGGUUCAAAACUGGAAUAGAAAUGAGACGCCAUGCCAGGAGGCACAGCCCGCUGCAGGCGGUGUGCUGCGUCCCCGGUUGUUCUCAGCUAUUUAUUUGCCUCUGGGCGCUGAACCUUCAUGAAAGAGAGCACUAUGCUUCCAAACCCACCAAACCGGACAAGAAUGCAAACGAACCAACGAACGCGCCGAAUGGAAAGAAACAACCGGGUCACCGGCCAAAAGAUGCAACCGCUGCUGCAAACAAGACCGAGAGUGUGAAUGCCGACUGUAAAUUAGGAGGAGAAGAUGCAGAAAAACAAGCUCCUCUUCCCACGGUUGUCGGUGCAUCCCCGUUGAAAGAGGAGUCGAAAGAGCGAAACGAGACCAAGGAUUUACACGUCCUGAAGAAUCUCUCCAACAAGGACACUUCCUCACAGCCCGCCGGCCCCAAUCUGAGAUUAAGGCAAACAUUAAGAAAGGUGACGAACGCAACCAAAAGUCACAAAGUCAUCUCGUCGUCGUUGUUGAAACUGAAUAUCAAAGUGAGGCACAAGUUCAAAAAGAAGCAGGUCAAAGGAAACACGAAAGGUCCGAAAAGAAGAGGGCGUCCCCCCAAGUCAAAGGAAGCUGUGCACGAUGAAAAUACUACUGAUGGACAAAACAAUCAAACUGUCCCAGAAAAAACGGGCCAGAUCGCAAACCCCCCUAAAGCCGCAGAGGGCUCAAAUGUUGGCGACGGCUCGAGGGAAGAAGAGCACGUCAAAGAUGUCGUCAAAACUACAGACAUGUCGAUUAACAAAUUAAAGUCUAAGAAAUCAGUAAACAAGCAGAUGAAGAACAAUCACGUGCAACAAAAGGACAUUUUAAAUGACCCCCCCACAGCUGUUAUGACGGCAAACGGUUUAAACCAAUCAAUCGGCACCAGCUCGGCAGACGACACGCACACUUUAACAGCUAAGAAACUACAUAAAGUGAAAAAACGCUCCACUUCGAAAGAAAGUCCGACCGCUUCUUCAGACUGCAGCCAGUCGAAGAAGCACAAGGUUGCAAAUGGCGACGCCAACACAAAGAUAAUCAUGAAGAAAUGUCCUCUCGGCUCUGCUGCCCCGGCUCACGGCUUAAAGGAGAGAACCACCUCAGGAGAGAAAACACAGGAGGCAAUGGGAGAAAAAUCAAAGAAAUCCCUCGUGAAAACAGAAGGAAGGAAAGAGAAGAAUAGUCACAGGGCUUCUUUAGACUCGGGCCAGACGAAAAAGAAGCACAAGGAUAUUAAUAACGAGGACAAGAAGAAACUAAAGGGAAGACCGAAGGACGCGAGCAAAACAUCUGCCCUGAAAGAGAAAGCCAAGUCGAAAUCUGGAGCCCAACCGGUUGCGGCUCGAGCAGCAGCCGACUGCUCUCUGGACGCAAAAGGAGGAGCAACGGAUGCAACGCUUUCCUCCGUCCCGGCUGCCACAGCUAGCGGCUCAAACGACACCGAAGAGAACACGCAGAAGGUAACGCAAAGGGGAGAAUCCAAGAACCCUCACAUCACCAAAAAGUCAGACCCCAACGGAGCAAGCGAGAAGCGCAAGAACGGCGAGAAGAAAGACGGCGAGAAGAAAGACGGCGAGAAGAAAGACGGCGAGAAGAAAGACGGCGAGAAGAAACACGCCGAUCAGGGCGCUCGACCGGCGUCCGAGAGGCCGGAAAAUCCCAAAGCCUCCGAGGUGAAAGCGGAGUUACUUCCUGUAGGUGACGUGGGGAAAACGCCACAAUCGACACGUAGCAACGUCGGUUACUCUGUCGUGACGAACGGAAAAGCAGCGCUGGAAGAUGCCGAAUCUUCAGGGUUAAAGGACGCUCUCGCAGGCUACGGCAACCGGCCGUACAAGCGUCCGCCGCCGACGGCCUACCUGGCCGAGAAGUACAUCACCAUGCCGAAGCGAAGGAAGGAGCUGUCGGGUCACCAGUCGCCCCAGAAGAGCACCCUUCCUCCCGAGAGCCGCGCGACGAAGACGCCGCAAAGACGCCGGUGCGCCAACUGCUUCGCCACGUUCAACAGUGCCGAGGAGCUGCAGAGUCACCACCAGCUGCAGAAGUGCUCCAACCUCUUCGGGUUCGACUCUGACGACGAGGGGGACAGUUUGACGGGUCCAAUAAAGUCAAAGUGAAUUGGCGUUUUGGACGCAUCGUAAACCCGCACACCGGACGGACCGGCGCUCUCCGGACGACUUGCUCGUCUCCGAGGGCAACGACGCCGUUCAUCUGGAGACCCGGGGAAAAAAAGUGUGUGGGGGGGGGGGAGUCGCCCGACUUUCACUGCAGCGUGUGCCUGUAACGCGAAGAUGGAGAACUGAACUGAGUCCCAGUCAGACCGUUGCCAGAGAACGGCGAGUACUGAAGUGCCUGCUCUGGAGCCGCCGCGCUGUUUCCAGCUGCUUCCCUUCGGGGAGCGGAGAUUAAGAAGUGUGGCUUUUAAAAGUCUGGACUCUUGAAAGCUGUGAAAAGAAGAAGAAGAAGAAAAA